AAGACCAGCCGCCAGAGACCACGAUGCGCGACGCGCCACAAAUGCAGGUGAAUGGACAUGCAACCUCUCGCCCAGCACGUCUAGUCGCAAAGCACUCGGCCGUGCCCAGCUCAGACAGCGCACGCGGCCCUCCAUCAGCGCAGUCACAUGAAGGCUGCUCGCAAGCCCUUCCCGCAGCCGCAGCAGGCCUGGACGCAGGGUAAGCCCGCGCUUAGGCCUCCAGGGCCCGUUAAAUACCUGGAGUCGCCUGUUCACUCCAACUCCACCCCCACGUUGUCGAGGGCCUGUACCGACCACCUCCACGGUUCCGCCUUUACGACCCGGAGCUGAUUGUGGGAGGAAACAUGUCAUCGACACUAUCCUCCGCUGUUGCGGCGGCGACUAAAUCCGCGACCAAGGCGACGCCGCAGGGUGGCGUGCUUGAGCAUGUUUCGCCUGUUAAAGUCGACCCGAAGAACCCUAUCAUUCUCUUCAUCAUCCAGGUCAUCAUCAUCAUCGUCUUUUGCCGCGCUCUACAAUGGCCUCUGAACAAGCUCCGCCAGCCUCGUGUCAUAUCAGAGGUCAUUGGAGGCAUCUUGCUCGGUCCCACCGCCAUGGGCCGCAUCCCCGGAUUCAAAGACGCCAUCUUUCCCGAAGCAGCUAUGCCCCAAUUGAAUCUGGUCGCAAACCUUGGUCUCGUGCUCUUUUUGUUCAUCAUAGGCCUCGAGGUCGACCUGCGCUUUUUGGUCAGCAACUGGAAGGUGGCAUUGAACGUCGGCAUCGUCAGCAUGGCAAUCCCCUUUGGGCUCGGAUGCGCCAUCGCUGUGGGGCUGUACAACGAGUUCCGACAUGAAGAGGGACUCGUAGCUAUUCACUUCCCUGUCUAUAUGCUCUUCAUAGGAGUCGCUAUGGCUAUCACUGCUUUCCCGGUGCUGUGCCGUAUCCUUACCGAGCUAAAGUUGCUCGAUACCCCCGUAGGUGUUAUUGUCCUGUCCGCGGGUGUAGGAAACGACGUUGUUGGAUGGAUCUUGCUUGCGCUCUGUGUCGCUCUCGUGAACUCCGGCGCUGGCCUAACAGCGCUAUACAUCCUACUAUGCUGUGUUGGGUUCAUUCUUUUCUUGGUCUAUCUUGUACGACCGGCGUUCAUCUGGAUCCUCCGCAAGAAUCGCGCAUUACAAGAUGGGCCUAGUCAGGGCAUGAUUGCGCUCACCUUGUUGCUCUGCCUGGCUUGCUCCUUCUUCACCGGUAUCAUUGGUGUGCACGCCAUUUUUGGCGCGUUCUUGGCUGGCCUGAUUUGCCCUCACGAAGGUGGUUUUGCCAUCAAGGUGGCCGAAAAGAUUGAAGAUCUGAUCGGAGCCCUGUUCCUCCCAUUGUACUUCACGCUCUCUGGACUCAACACCAACAUUGGCCUACUGGACAGUGGCAUCGUGUGGGCCUAUGUUAUCGGGGUGGUGUGCGUGGCCUUCUUCUCCAAGUUCAUCGGCGCGACGAUAGCGGCUCGAUGGACCGGCAUGUUUUGGCGGGAGUGCUUCGCGAUCGGAUCGCUGAUGAGUUGCAAGGGCUUGGUAGAGUUGAUCGUCUUGAACAUUGGUCUUCAGGCCAAAAUAUUGAGCACCCGAACAUUCACCAUCUUCGUUGUCAUGGCGCUCAUCACGACUUUUCUUUCAUCGCCGUUGACGCAAUACUUUUACCCUGCAUGGUAUCAAAAGAAGGUCGAAGCUUUUAGGCGAGGUGAAAUCGACUGGGAUACCGGCAAGCCUCUUGACGGAACUGACAGCGUUGUUGAUGCUGCCUACUACGACAAGGUUUCAUCCAACAAGAUUAAGCAUCUUACCGUCUAUCUUCGCUUGGAUAGCAUGCCAAACCUUCUGGCGUUCGCUUCUCUAUUUGGCGGAGCAUACUCGCAAUCCAAGGCAAUCUCGCAUCCAAAGGCUGCGCAACGAUCUACCAGCAUAAGCAAGAAGGCCGGCGAGACCCUGGAUGAGGAGCCCAAGAGGCCUGUGCAGGCAUACGGGCUGCGUCUGUUGAAUCUGACAGAUCGUGGUUCUUCUGUCAUGGCCGUCACUGAGGCUCAAGAAUACACUGCUUACGAUCCUGUGGUCAACAUCUUCCGGACCUUUGGCCGGAUGCAUAACCUAGCAGUCAGCGGCGAAGUUGUUGUCGUGCCUGAGUCUUCCUUCGCUGAUACCCUCAGCACACGCGCAUCUGACUCGGACUUCCUUCUGCUCCCAUGGAGUGAGACGGGAGGUAUGUCUGAGCAGGCUAUCAUUGAAGACAAGGGUACGAAGAACAAGCUCGCGGCAUCCUCGUAUACUACGUUCGUCAACCAAACCUUUGAGCAGUCAGCAGCCCCAGUUGCUGUGCUCAUCAACAAGAACUUUGGCGGUAGCAAGAACAAGGACAAGAAAGAGCGUGGAAAGCUGAGCCGUACAUACAGCGCCGUUAGCCUGCACAGCAAUCGCGAGAAGGAUGUCACGGCGCCCAUCACAGACCCCAGUCAUCACAUCUUCUUUGCCUUCUUCGGUGGAGAAGAUGACCGCACAGCACUCCGCCUCGUCUUGCAGCUCGCUGAGAAGCCAGAAGUCACGGCGACCAUUGUACGAUUUGACGUCGCACCGGAGGUUCUCGGUGACGCCAACUCCUCGUCUUCUUCGGCUGCAAAGGGUGCCGAAAAUGCCACCAUGAAUGGGAGCUCGGCGCACGAGCAAGACGCCACUUUCUUCGCCUCGCUCAGCGCAUCCGUCCCCGCCGAGCUUUCCUCUCGCGUCGUCUUCGAGACAGUGUCUUCCUCAAACCUGGUCAAGGAUGUCAUUGCUCGCGCUCUAGCCGAGGUUGGCCAAAACCCCAGGAACGCUGGCGACCUGGUUGUUCUCGGUAGGAACAUUGGGCGCAACAGUGUGCUCUCUGACAGCAGCGCGGACGAAGUCAGGCCUGUGAAUGCAUCAAGCGCGGCCUCGACGCUGGGUGUGCUCGCAGAGAAGGUCUGGGACAGCAAGUCGGGAGCCAGCAUCUUGGUUGUCAAGGCAGGACUCGCAUCAGCAGCGCCAGGACUGUUGACGUACAAGUGAUAUCCAAGGGAGUGAUGUAGCGGGGGUUUUGGCGAUGGAUGAGUUCAGUUCGCUGUAUAAACAGCAUUGGCUUUGGCUUGGUUAGAGUAUACCUGUUUGCCUUCAUUGAGAAGGAGCGGUACACCACGUAGAUGCAUCCACUAGCAUAGCGAUGAAACGCGACGAUGUC